UUUCCAACGAAUCCUCACCGAAAACGGUCGUGUCGUACACGCGCGCGCGCUCGCUCAAUUCCUGAUCUUCAGGAGCUUAGAAUUUUCACCGCAUCUUCUUCCCGCUGACGUUCUUUGAGUUGUCGUUGGAGAAGAGUUGGCGACGGUCCUGGUGUUCAGUGCCUCACCGUAGUAGAGUUCGGUACUUGGGCGCUCAGUGUUCAGUGUUCGGGGGUGGAUGCGUUUUCCCAGCGUGACGCAUCGCUAAUGUGACAAGAACUUCAAAGCCAGGGAUCGCCGAGAUCGCACGCACCCAUCGCAACGAACGGAAUCGUGAUCGCACAUCCCGCCGGGUUUGUUUGACAUCGUGUACCGGAGCAUCAUAAAAAAAACAAAUAAUUGUGAAGAAUUGUGUGUGGUGUGUUCGUUUGAAGUGUCUCAAAUUUAUUUUCGGUGUGUGUACAAAUAAAUCGACGACUCAGGCUCACAGCUUGGAUCGAUUGAGUUUGAAGUGAUUGGUGGUGCGAGAGUGGGGUUUCCGUCAUGAGGCAAAGGUUUCGAGCGCUGCUAGGGAUGCCGGGGCAGCAGCUGAUGGCGCUGGCACUGGUGGCACUGAUGGCCGUUGGUGAGGUACGAGCACAGGAAGCGACGACGUCACUGAAACCGCAGGUGCUGAACGAUGGCUCGUUCAAGUUCGCUGCCAAGACGAGCUUCUCCUGCAGUGGCCGGGCCGCCGGCUACUACGCCGAUGUGGAAACUGGCUGCCAGAUUUACCACAUGUGCGAUGGCCUGGGACGGCAGUUUAGCUAUGCUUGCCCAAAUACGACCCUGUUCCAGCAGCGGAUGCUCAUCUGUGACCACUGGUACAUGGUCAACUGCUCCAAGGCGGAAAGCAACUACGCGGCCAACCUGCUGAUUGGACAACGCGAUAAGCCGUUCGUUCCAGAGGAUGAAAAUGAGGUUCGGACACCGCGACCGGAUCUGCUGGACAGUCCUUACUCAGCAACCUUUGCUGGAGAGCCGAUAAUGUACAACUUUAUCAAGACCAACACUCCCGCCCCUCAAAACACCAUCAGCAACGGGCGCGGCGGCGGCUCAUCGAGCUUCACCUCCUCCCGCAAGAAUCACCCUCACGCCAAAGCCCCACCCACCGCCUCCAAGGGCAGCCCACCAAAGACAACCCCCACUCUAGCCACCCUCCCCCCUCCACCACCACAGGCACCGCAAGCGCCGGAGAUCUUCGAGGAAAGUGCCAGCAACCACGGGCUGCCAAUCCACUGGAGCACCCGGUACGCCAAGGAGGACGAGGACGAAGGUCAGAAGACGGUGUCCCCAGCUAGUACGUCGAUUCCGCUGAACGCCGAGGAGGAGGAGCUUCAGAGCAACAAGAUCAACGGGCGGAGAGAGGUUGUGGUGGGGGGCACGGAGCAGGGUGAAACGCGCGACGAGAGCCGGAACACGCCGGUGAGGUUUGAGAACCGGACGGUUAAGGUUCCGUCGAUUCGGUACGAGCCACCGUACACGCCGGAGGAGAUUAGCAAGAAGGAGGUGGCGGCUGGGGGGAGUAAGGAGUCGCUUGGGGCUGGGUUUAAGCCGUUUGAGAGUAUUUUGAACUUUAACAAGAAGGGAAAUCGGAAAGAUUAUGACUUUUCGAACUUUUUCACGCGGAACGAGAGCAUCCGGAAUACGGUGCCGACGACGACUUCGACGGUGGCGACGAGUACGACGGCGAGAGCGGUUACGACGACGACGACGACAAGCAGACCAACGAGUAGGAUUACGACAACGACUCGUCAGCAGUUUGUGAGCUCCGGCGAGGUCAAGCAACCGGUUCUGUUUGAUUUGCAGCCGCCAAAGGCGAACCCGGCGCAAUUUGCACCACGUACUGGUUCGGCGUUCCGGCCGGUGAUGACGACCACGACUACCGCUGCUCCGAGAAUCGUAACGACAACGACCACGACAACCGCCAAGCCCCGAACUUUGUCAGACCCUCGCGAAUCUAACCGACCUCCAACCGCUAUCCUGUUCAACGCUCCAGCUGCCACUUCCGGUCUGUUUGAGAACCGAUUCGCCAUCCAGCGACCUCCGGUAGCGGCUCAGGCCAACGUCCCAGUGCCCUCUACCGAGAUCCUACCGCCCUUCCCGAACGUGGCCAACUACGACAAGAUCAAGACCCGUUACGUCAGCCAACCCGUCUUCACCCGGCAACCCAUCACGAACGAACCCUCCGCCGGACCGAUCACCUCCGGAAUCGACAAACUCCAAGAAGUUCCCCUCAUCCAAGUCCGCAAAGACACCAUCCCACGACCAUUCAGCGUCCCAGCCCCGGCCAACGACCUCCUCCCCCCGAAGAAAGACUACACCUACUACGACGACUCCACCACCAAGGGCCCGCCAAUCUACUACCAGUGGAAGUGGUCCAUCCCCUCCUUCGGCCUGGAACCACCCCUGGACGCUCCCCUAACCGACGAGGAGAAGCUCCUCACCCAGCUCAACCCCGCCGAAUCCGCCGACUCAACGCGCGAGCACAACCAAACCGCCCGCUCGAUAUCCUCCGAAACGGGGAACCUCGGCGAAAACAACCCCGAACCCUCGACAAUCAACAAGCGCAAGAUCGCCGCCGCCGUCCCCACCCACAACUACCUGGAACUGCGCCGCAAGCUCGCCAUCCCGGACUUUACCUUUCCCCUCGAGGCCGAACCCAGCGAUCGCCGGACCGUGUUCGAGCACGACGGCGCCGUCAACUCCUUCCAGAUCAAGAUCCCGGCGUACGCGCGCAGCGACGACGACAGCACGGCCUGGUACGGCGAGAACGCCAAGUGCCCCGAGUGUCAUCCGGCCUUCCUCAGGCCCAACAGCUGCGAGCCGUGCGUCAAAAUCCGAAGAUAAGUCCCCCCCCUUUCCCUCCUACCUAAUAGAUUUGUUGUUUGUAAGCUAGCUAAGGUGCACACUCGUCCCGAAAUCCCUGUUUGUUCUGUUGAUCCUAACUCCCUCAAACCCCCUCCCCCAUCACACGAUGCGAAUGCAUUUCGUUGUUUAGAGUUAAGACCGCAAACGCGUUUACACGGUGAGGAUCAUUCCGCAGAUCAUGAUCGCGAGCACCCUAUCUCCGGAACGCAACCACUAACAGUGUUUGACAGUUUGGUUGCGUACUUUGGCGCAGCCUACUAUCCUCAAACCUAACCCCUUUAAAAAAGUAAGUUCGAGGUCAUGACAGUCUCCGGAAUGGUCCCGAAGUUUCAAGUAAGUGAGAAGAAGAAGAACAAAACUAACGACAACACUCGGCGAACGAGCGAGAUUAACGACGGAAGCUCUUUUUUUGUACAUACACACACAGAGACAUUUACACGAUUUAAAAAAAUAAUACUCGUGAGAUUGCGCGAGUUCCAUGACAAGGAAGAAAAAAACGAGGAAUUAGUGGAAAGUUAAUAAAGUGAGAAAGAGAAAGAAAAUUGUGAAAAAUUAA